AUGGCGAACGUUCGGGAUAGUGAUACAUCCUUGUGGCUUCACAAUAAACUCGGAAUUUCGAAUGAUUCGUGGACAACUGGUUCAAUUUGCACACAAUUAAAUGCUGAAGUAUUAAAAAAUAUCAAGGAUUGCUUCCCGGAUUUACAAACUCAAGUGAAAUUGAAAUUGUUGCUUAGUUUCUUUCAUAUCCCGCGCAGAAAUGUUGAAGAGUGGAAAAAUGAACUGGAAGAGAUUAUUGAAGUGGCAGGCGUGGACUCGGACCUCUGGGUUGCUAUGCUUGCUGAAGUGCUCAAAACAUUCCCGUCUGCAGGAACCCUUAAUACAGAGAUAGCAGAGUUUGAUGAGACAAGGCCAAUAUUCAGUGAUAUGAUUAAUGAGCUCAGGAAGCUGUUGGCCAAGCAUUCAGACCUUGGACUGUUACCACUUGAGUGCCUAUAUCUAAAUAAAAAUGCCUUAGUUUCAGUGGUGGGACAACAACCCAAUCCAGUGAAGCAUUUUACACUAAAAAGGAAACCCAAAUCUGUAGCUUUAAGGAGUGAGCUGCUGGCAAAAGCAGCUGAAGUUCAAGCCAACCAAAAGAAAGCCCAAGCUCCCACUGUACCUGUUAGGAGUAGGGGAAUGCCACGUAAAAUGACAGACACAACUCCACUAAAAGGCUUACCAUCUCGGUGGACUGCGCGACCCGUUCCACAGCCCGUGCCGAGACCUACUCCGCCGCCCAGAGCUGGCAUUAAGCUUCUAGAUAUCACGGAACAGCCUGCCACACAUGCCCAGAUUAAAAAAAGGAGAAAGUUAGAAAUGGAAGAAGGUGUGAAGAAACCGCCCCCAUCAGCUUCGCCGCCACCGCCAGACUUUAAGAACAUCAAGACAGAGGAGCCUCCCGCACCAAGCACAACCGAACCAACCACUGAGCCAGAACCAAGUGAACAGCCAUCAGAAACGACACCUCCACCAGCUCAAACGCCAGUCCAAACCAAACCGCUGGUGGUCGGCGGUGGUAAGCUGGUGCUCGCUCCAGGCAAACCAGUAUUACUCUCCACCCAGAACCUUCUCAACACACCUGCACUAUUGCUGCAGCAGGGCGGCAAAACAGUGCUCCUGCAAAACGUGAAGCCAAUGGCCCACCCAGGGCUGCCGCAACAGCAAGUGCAGCAGCAUGCUAUUGGCCAUCCGGUACAAGUUCAACAACCUGUACAACCAAUACAAACGGCGGUAGUACAACCUCAAGUGCAGCAGCAGCAACCACAACAACAGCAGCAGCAACCGCAACUAUUGCCCCGAAGAGGACUCUCGUUAACACGCGAACAGAUGCUAGAAGCCCAAGACAUGUUCAGAAACGCAAAUCGCGUGACGCGACCAGAAAAAGCUCUCAUACUUGGCUUCAUGGCCGGCUCGAGAGACAACCCUUGCCCAAAUUUGGGCAAUAUCGUCACUAUCAAAUUAUCAGAGAAUAUCGAAAAUGUACUGCAGUCCGAUGACACCUACCUCACAAUGCUGUCAGAGAUGCACUUCCAGAUGAAUUAUAAUAAUGGCCAAUGGACGCGGCUUAAAAAGUACCGGCAUAUUGAUGGAAUGAUGCCACAAAAGAUUCCCCCGGGCUCCACUGUGAUAUCAGCAAACAACCAACAACCGGUUGUCUCCAUAGCCAACCAAAGUGUCGGCUAGUGUUAAGUGAAAUGACUUAGUGAAUGACGCUACCAUAGUGAAAUCGGCAGAAUGUGUAUUUUAUCUAUUCAGGUUUUUACAUAAAUUAUGAAACUUUAUGCUUUCCGUGGCUCUUUUGGUUAAAAACCACAUAUUCAUAUCGGUGAAGUGAAAACGUUUUGAAAGGGCUAAACAUGAACGUCUAAUUGCUGGUAUGAAAAGUGGUCACAGAACUAAAUAUGAACGUUGGUAAAGCGGAAUUUGACACUUGUGAGGGUUAAUGUUCUAUAUCCUUGUGCUUUGAAAAAAUUAUAUCUAUAUCAGUAUCUCAUAUCUAAACGUAAAAGUAUUAAAAAUCUGCGUUAACUUGAUUUGAAGAAUUGUGUAACUCGUGCGUUGAAUACGUGCCAAAAAAAUUUUCACUAAUGCAUAGUUAUGUGCUAUGUCAAUUAGCUAUUUGCUCUCAUAACCUAAUUAGAAAGAACAUUGCGAGAAAAAUAUUAAUUUCGAAAUACAUGUUGGUGUUUAUAAAACGUUUCCGAUUCUAACUUCAUGUUUAUCUCAAGUAUUAAAAUGCAAUGGAAUUCCUGUAAAUCAAUUACAGGUUUGUAUAAAUACAGUGUAAACUCUGUACCGAUGAAGAGACUGCGCAUAUCCUGACAUAAAGAACUUAAAUAGUGACUUGCAAUUUCGAUUGCAUACAUGAGAAAUAUUCUAAUAUGUACCUAAUUAUAAUCUUAAAACUAGGUAAACUAACUAAAAUACUAGAACCUUGUGGGUUCUUCAACUUACUAGAAUAAAAAAAGAUACUCAAUCAAGGUAUGUUCAAAAAGUGAAAGUUUUAUAGACUCGGAGCCUAUUAUAUAUUUGUACGUUUUUAUUAUUAAUGUUUUUAUCAUAAUUAAUAAUUCGCGGAGAACGAAUUAAAUUUGUUUACUUCAUAUGGAAAAAAUCGUAUGUUUUUUACUACUCUAACCAACCAAAGUCUAUUAAGGUAUUUGACGUUUUAGCGAGUUUGGCUUUAAACAAAAUGAAAUUCCAUAAAGUUCACACUGUGUUUGUAUACAUCAAAAUUUUUCAUACAUAUAUACUUUACACUUGUUUAGUAUUUCUUAAAUUCAUAGUAAAGCUGCUUUUUGCAAACAAAUGAAAGUAUACUGAAAAUAGAGGAUAAAAUGCGUAAGUCUCUCAACGUAAUCAUAGGGUACUAGAUGCGUACGCAUACUCGUUUAGCAUACUUACGCGUCUAGUACACUGAAGUUUAAAUUGUACGUAUCUAGUACAGAUACCGGCAAACUUAUUGAGCAUUAAACAAGGGAGUGGGGGAAAGUUUGCGCAUCGUACACAGCGCGGGACACAAACGUCAACUUUUUUACCAAUCAAGCGAAUUACACGUCACACUCCCGCUGCCCAGUGAUACCUAAAAAUCGCUUCAGCGCAGCCAAGGACAUUUGUUCAAGAUUUUUGCCGGUAUCUAUACACGUACGCGUUUAAUACGCGUUUACACUAUGGACUGUAAGCCAUGUUUCUCAAAUCUCACGCGACCAAGAUUAGUGUAAUUCACUGUAAUGUUAAGUAAUAGCUUUUUUAUCGUAAUUGGUUUAAUUGAUUGAUAUAUUUAAAGACUUAGGAUUUGUGAUUUGAGGCUAACGCAUACAAUGUACGCUUGGCGUUUUAAAUAGUAAAUGUGUGCGAGACCUUACAUACUCAACUGAGAGAUUUUUUGUAAUGAACGGUAGAUGUUGAUCAGGUCCAAGCAGUCCAUGCAGGUUGUAAGACGAGAUUUUUUUUUAUCGCAAGAUCUUUAGAAGAGUUUGUUCUGCUUAUGUGGACUCUCCAAGUAUCACUCAUUUUCUCUACACACUUUUGUUUCACGUUCAAGACGAGUUGCAUGAAAUACGUUUUCAAGUUUGUCAUUCCAAAAUUCUCCAGUUGAAAUAGUUUUUAUAGCAUAUCUCAAAUACCUAUCCAUUGAACUGGCGCAAAACAGUGCCUUAAUGUUUUAUUUUAUAACCAGAGCCACUUUAAGAAGGCUGUUUUGAUAUCUAUUUGGAGAUAACUGCAAACAAUCUAAACGAAUUUGAAAUCCUAUUAUUGUAGUGCAAAUUCGCCGUCAAAUCGUGGCUCUGGUAUAGCACAUGUAGUUUCGGCUCGGAUCAGUGCCUUCACUUUUUAAUAAAUAGAAAUAGAUCUUUAUGUUAUUCAAUAAAAAGGCUGAAUUUAUUUGUUUUAAAAUAAUUGGAUGUUUUAUGUGUCGUCGGAAAGCCGGAAUAAUUUUGUAAGAUCCGACAUAUCUAAAUUCAGUGAUGCCUUACGUAUCUGGUUAAGUAUCCCAUAGAGACUUUCACAUUUAACAGUGCAGAAACAAUGCUUUGUAUUACAAUUAUUAAUGAAAUUUUUAUAUCUAUUAAAAACGACAACGGCGUGUGUUAUAGUGCGUUUACCAUCAGCGUGUCAACAAAUAUCGGAAGACAUUUUAUCAUACAUUAUGUUGUGACUUUUUGGAUACCAAUGCUUUAAAGGUUUGGUCAAACAGCGGACGGUGCGGGACGGCAUGUUAAAAAAUUUAUCGAAAGUUUUUUUUUGUUGUAUGAUUUGCGUCAUCGCUAAUACAAAAGUCGAGCUUGAAAUCAGCGAUUUGUGAACCACUAUGAAGGGAGCUCAAAAAGCUUGUUUCGAAAUGCUCGAGAAAUGACGGCGUCGCCCACUCGCCCCGUCCGCAACCGAACACCUCGUGUCGGAUCUUAAACAUGAAAACUAAGAUGAAUUUAAGUUUAGGCUUUUAUUUUAAUAGAUGAAUAGAAGAGAUUUCUACGAGUGUUAAGUUAGUUUUACGUUGUUGUAUUUCUAUUUAAUUCACUUUGUAUAUAGUAGAUAGUACAAAAUA